CCGGCGUACCAUACACGCUUCAGCUUCAAAGAGCUUCAACCCUCAUCUCGUGCAUAUCCUCUCGAGGGCAGCACUGACACAAGGAUAGAAGUCUCAACAGUCGACGCGGCAUCGAAUACAAGCGGGACGAAAUGGGCGACAAUGGCACGCCUGCGCCGCCAAUGCCACUGGCAUGGUCGCGGUCUAGUGGUACAAGUGGCCCAAGCUUGGAACCCUGCCGGCGUGGCGAGCCGUGGUUUGACGAUGGGAACAUCAUUCUCCAGGCAGGCGAUACCAUGUUCAAAGUUCACAUGGGGGUGCUAGCGAAGCACUCGUUGGUUUUCAAGGACCUUUCCACGAUUCCUCAACCAGUCGAUGCGCAAAAUCACGGAGAUACCCCGAUCGCCGAGUUGCAUGACCACCCCAAGGAACUCGCUCGCCUUCUGGAUGCUUUCUAUUGCGGUCCCAUCUUCCUGCGAAACGAGAUGCCAGACUUUGCGUCUGUCACAUCUCUCCUCCGUAUCGGACAUAAGUAUACUGCAGAGAGCCUCUGCGAGGACUGUCUCGGACGCCUCCGAAAAGCCUUUCCACUUCGGAGCGCAUUUCCGUAUCCCUUCAGAACCUGCGAAGUUACCGACCACUUACCAGGUUUCGUGCUUGAAGAUGCCAUUGAGGUCGUCAAUCUAGCUCGUCUUAUCUGUGCGGCCGAUUUACUCCCAGCGGCACUGUACGUGUGCUGCCAACUGGACCAUCGCACUCUACUACAUCGAUUGUCCCCCUUCCGCGUCAACGGCACAGACCGCGGCCUUUCCUUGGAUGAUCUCGAGCGUUGCCUGGACGGGAGGGUGCAGCUCUGCCGUAUAUAUGCGGAGAUGUCGAUGAAGCUCUUUGGUCCGCACGAUCCUACAACAAAUCGUUGCUGCACGGCCAAACAGGCAUGCCCUACCAACAAAGCGCGAAUGCUAGAGUCGUUCGCGUGGCCGUCGUCGGCGUGCACUGCGGACGUAAUGGACGGUCAUCUGAACCUUUGGAUGGUCAUUGAAAGAGCAAAAGUGUGCGAGUCUUGCGAGGCGGCUAUGCACGAUACACACGGGAAGGUUCAGAAAGCGGUUUGGAAGGCCCUACCGACAUUAUUACGUUUGGAGGGAGUCGUGGAGACUGAGGCUCGAUGACUCGGGCAUGAUGACUCUGAGGAAAAUUCGGACGAAGUCGUGGCGAUCUCGGCCAGAAACGCUUGCUAGCCUUGACUAAGUCACAUCGGCAUCAUACAACCGUGAGCGGGUCAGAGUUGGGUCAGCGGCUUGAUACUCUGGCCGCAGCGUUGGUAUGGGCGUGUGUCAGUGUCAAGUCCCCCACCGAUGAACGUGGACCGCUUGCAUGUAAAUGCAUACUUGACACCCGUGGCCCGCACGACGCCUUGCUAUAAAUUAGACAAUGGCGUCCAUUGAAUGCUUCAGCGCAUCCAUGACCCACCUCACGUACUCUAUCGU